UUCUUCUCCAUCUGUGGCUUCAUGUCAAGCCUUCCUUAGGAUAUAACGAUUUUCUCUACGUGAACACAAUCUAGGGCACACUGCGAGCCUUAGUAUAUUCGGCUCUCUGGGUAAAAGAUUAGUCUCACAUCAUCUGGUACGAUUCGAAACAUUAUAUUCAGUGAUUACGGAGAUCACACGAAGCUUUUCUCGUUUCAACGAAUCCUCGCGAUUUGUAGAACAGAGGGAUGAAAGAUAAAUGGAACAAGCUUUCUUCCAUGAAGCCUUCUUAUAUUCAUUUCAUGCCAGGCACUAGCAACCUAAACUAGUGCGUCACAUAUUGCCCUUGGUAAUAAAUAAUUUCGUCGCAAAUCAAAAAACUAGCGGCUCCCACAAAUCUUUAAAUAUCACACCACUUCACUUUCGAGCAAGAACAUCGAUAUCAUCAUUUCGUGGCAGACUGGCAUCAAAUAAAUUCGAAGAAUCCAGUGAACGACUCUCAUCUUGACAGUUUGUGGCAUCAAAAUUGAAAUAUCACAAUUCGAUUAUUAACAAGAAUAACCAGAGUUGAAUUUCAAAAUACCAAUUCGAUUAAAGGAUUGAAAUUUACCCCGGAUUGUUUGCAAUUCGGCAUAGAAAACUGCUGGCUCCUCUGAAAUGCCUUCGACGGAAACACUUGAGGUUGUAAGACACCAAACUACCAUCUGGGCAGUAACGACUCGUAUUGCAGUCGUUGACGCAGUUGUCUCAGCACCUAUCGCUCUUCCAUCAUCUACAGAAUACUGUAGUAUCACUCAUCGCAUAGAUAAUAAUGUCUGCACUGGUGAUAUCGUCGGGCUCAUGAUAUUACUUGGUGGUUUUUUCAUUAGACUAAUUAUGAACAUGGCCAUUUGCUUUGAAGAGUCGGAGAAAGAUGUCAAGGAUUUGAUCGGUUGGUUGAAGUAUCGCCCAAAAGAGGAGUGGGAAGAUAUUAUAGAUUCGCGAGCCGAGGCUUUGGGUAACUGGACAGAAUGUCGACCCUACAAGGUGCAUCAUUCCAAGAAAAAGAAGAGAUCAUUGCUUUCCAUCUUUCGGGGAGCUUCAAAUGCAAUCAAACAGGACAAUGAUGUUAAAGAUUACAUACGAGGCGUGAGGGGAUUCAGUAAGAGUAUAAAAGUAGAUGACGAUGGAAAGAUCUCCCAGGAUACCAUAGAUGACCUGUUUUGAACGUGUACUCAUUACGGAAAGAGUAAAUAGUGGACGACCCUAUGGAUUCAGUGU